AUGUUUGAUAUUUUUUCCAAUUGUAAUGACUCACAGAAAAACAUAAGAAUCAUACACCUUAACAUAGAAGGUUUAACAAGCUCUAAAGCAGAAAUACUAGGUAAAACCUUUAGCAACGCCGACGUGCUAGCCCUACAAGACACUCACAUCCCAGACGGAGAAACAAGGCGUCUGAGGAUCCCUGGAUUCAGGUUGAUCGACUACAUUGGGCAUCCAAAGCAUGGCCUGGCCACCUAUGUUAACCAUAAGGUGGAGGAUCGCCUUGACAAUCCAGUUACUGGUAACGAACAUACAGUUGGUAUUCGUUUGGAUAACCUCAUCAUCUACAAUGUAUAUAAGCCUCCUUCAACCAACUGGUCCCACUACAUGCUUCCAACACCUCAAUGUCCUACAGUAUACGUCGGAGAUUUCAAUUCUCAUAGCACCAACUGGGACUAUACAACUGAAAAUGAAGAUGGAGAACGGCUAUGUAACUGGGCGACACUCAACCGCCUGCACCUAUUAUACGACGCCAAACAAGGCGGCACCUUCGUUUCUGGCAGAUGGGGCACAGCAACAACUCCUGACCUUUGUUUUGUAACAACAGACAUCCAUCAUCAACCCUUAAGAGCUUCCCGCACUAUUUUACAUAACUUCCCUAGAACACAGCACAAACCAGUAGCAAUAGACAUAGGUGUACACCUACCAAGAAUUGAGAAACCAUUUAUGCCAAGGUGGAACCUACGCAAGGCAAAGUGGGAAGACUAUACAAGCUAUAUGGAGAAGAACAUCAACUGUAUACCUCCUUUGCCGGAGAAUUACCCUAGGUUUGUCAAACUAGUUAAAAAAGCAGCGAGCACCGCCAUUCCAAGAGGCCACAGGCAAAAUUAUAUUCCGUGCUGGAACAGGGAGUGUGAUUCUUUACUGAAGGAAUAUGAACAUACAGGAGAUGAGACUAGCUAA